GCUUUCUUCCCCCGCCAUUCCCAACUAUUGAUUUCAUCAGGGGCUGACAGGCCGGAGAGUUCCAGGAUCUUUGUAUCCAGCUGGCUGACGCUUGGUGGUUGGCGCCGGCGCUAAUCGUAACUAAGCCAAGCAAAGGGCGGACGGACCCCAGCGGAGAAAGAAAGCAACAAAGACAAAGAUCGAGCAACAACCAACAACUCACUCUCACUCACUGCAUGAAGAUACAUCUUCUGCCAAGUAUAAAAAAAGACAAAAAAAUACACAACAGCACUCACAAACCAACUGCCAGUCUCCUCCAACUUUAGUCAUCGCCUAUCUUCACUUUCGUUACCCGACUCCAUUGCUCUCUCUAUUGGCAAUUCGCUCUCUUGGACGCUGGAGAACCAGCUUGUUGCUCGUAUCGCGACCACCAACAGGGCUUCCGUCGCCGCCCGCUGCGUUCACACACCAGCAGGAUGGGCAUCUCAUUACGAUUCCUCCGCAUUCCGCGGCCACAGUCCUUUCUCUAUGUGAUGAGCCUAGAAACCGGCGCUACUCUCAUCACGCUCUCCCUUCUCCUGAACAAAAUUAGUGGGGUCUAUGGCCUACUUGCUCUCUUGACCGGUUACCAUCUCUCCCCCUUGCAGCUGUCGAUGUACAUAUACUCGAUUCUAGGCCUGGCGUUGACCGCCAUCCUGGCGCCGCAUGUCCGACUACAAUCCCCUUUCCAAUGUCUUGCGCUGGCUUGGUUCUAUCUGAUCGACAGCGUCAUUAAUGCGGCAUACACAGCUGCCUUUGCGGUGACAUGGUUCCUCGUUAUUGCCCAACAACAGAGCGAUACACCGGCAAAGUCAGGCCCCGGAAGUUCCAUGAUGGCGGACACUGCCGGCUUCACCCGUCCAAAAUUCAACGUCACUUCCGUGGUCGUGGACGCUGGUACUAGAGAUGGUGUGGUAGCCAGCGCUCAGGCCGCCUCCGCCCCCGCCGGAGCUGGCCAUGCAGAUUCAUCCGCGACCCUUGGAAGAGGUGUCCUACAGCCGGAAAGCUUGCAGAGCAUCGCCAUUAUAUGCACACUGUGGACUAUCCGCGUGUACUUUGUGUUUAUCAUGAUGGCUUUUGCGCGCCAAUGCAUACUGCAAUUUUCCUUCCACGCCCGGACGUCAGUCGAUUCCCGUCGCCGACCCUCCGUCCCAGCACACAGCCGCAACUCCUCCGUACUCAGCAAUAUCGAUAGCGACCCGAACCCGUUCAACAUCCGAGCACCAGAGGGACAAGGGUGGAAGGGCAAACUGGGUAGGAUCAUGGUUUCCGUGGGCCGUAGCUACUGGCUUGAAGAUGAUGAUCAUAGCUGGAUGAAUGGGAUGAAUAGGAAAUUCCGAAAGAGCGUUGACCCAAGCAAUAAUAAUCCGGGGAGUGGAAUUUCUGAACGGGAAAGGCGUCGACGAUCCGGCACUGGACCACCAGUCCCCUCCCACGCCACUGUGCAGGCUGCGAUCAUGCUGCAACAGCAACAGCAGCAGCAGCAGCAGCAACAACAUCAAAUACACAGUAACAGCCACAGCCGGAACCAAUCACUAGCGGGCCAAUCGGUGAAAAUGCACGACAUGUCGGAAGGACGGUAGAGAUUGGCAAGAUGAGGAGGGUAUAAUAACAUAGCCACCUGCUUCUCAUCUACGCAGGAUACCGCCAGUGGACACUCAAGAUCGCCGUUUAUCUAUGAGAGGGCGAAACAGCAUAAGAACGAUAAGAUAUAUCACUUGCGGGACCUUUCGCAGGCCUCCCACCGAUUUAUGACCACGACUCGUUCCCCUCUCCCCCCUUCCCCCCGCGUUUGUUUAUUUAACAAAAUACACUACCCCCCAACCUCCCCAUCGAUCAACUCCUCCGAUAGAAAAGAUAAAACAAUAUCCUUCCUUUGUUUGUGUGCACCGAACAGGCAGAACGACAUAUUCCCAUUUAAGCGCGACGAACGAAAACCUGGGCGAAAUUGCGAUAGAUUGGUUCGCAUGUACGGAUUUGUCUCUUUCUUAUCAUGCAUAUAAGCCUGAGCAUAUAUUUUUUAUACAUAUACAUACACACGUUACUACAACUACAACGAGGCCAACAACCUCCCAAUGAUAAUAAACGAAGGGAACGGAGAAUGUGAGGGCGGUAUUUUUUGUAUUCAAUUUCCCUUUUCACCUUAUUUCUUCUCUUCCCUUCCAAUAUCUCCCCUUACGUUUCUUUCUUUUCCACUUCUGCUUCUUUUCCAUUCCCUAUAUGCUUUUCUGAUUUACAUAUUGGAUGUGGGACAUGACAAGGGGUUGUUCGGCUGGGGUUUCCUUUUGACCUUUUUCUUUUUCUUUUUCUUUCUCUUUUCCUUUUUUCCUUUUUUCCUUUUUUCUUGUUUUCUCCUUUCUCACCCUACCAUUUCUGCUCUUAUUGUCCCCCUGUUAUAAAUGUGCUGUUGAGGAAAUCGGGUGUACAUGUGUGCCUGUCAUUGUACGGGAACGGCCGUCGUAGGAGGAGUUUCUCCAUGUUUUUCUUUCGCUUUCUCAUGCUUCGGCUCCGGUGAUUUCCCUUCUGUGGAUAUGCCUUGUUAUUUUUCCUCCUUCUCUCUGCCCCGCUCUCCGCGUCCGCGAACGAAGACAGUUGCUGUGAUAUAGUGUGUUUUAGUUGUUUGGAGAAUCUGGCAUUGCGGUUAACCUUACCUAUCAUUUUUUUUCAUUUUUUUUCGGCAAUUUCGUCUUGCUUGCCUUUUAUUUUUGCGUUGGCCCUGCUCCAGGUGGGAUGCAUGAUACAGCUGUCUUUUUCCUGUCUAAUUUGCCUUGACUCUUUUCGGAAUAUAUACCUGUUCAUAUAUUUUACUCACUUGCUGAUCGUGUUUUGUAUUGGUGUUUUUCCUUUCCUUUUUUUUUUUUU